UAUGAUUGCUGCACCCCCAUGGAGCUCUCACAGCGCUUUGGAUUUUCGGCCGUCCGAUCGAGCUGACGUGGCGCGAUCUCGGCCGUCGUUCCGUCCAGGGCGCUGAGGCCCUCCCGCAGACCCACUUUUUAUCCAUGGGUCGCGAAAAGCCCCGCUCGGCCAGAUCUCUCGCUCCCAAUCGUCUCGCGCGUCUCCUCCUACCAAUCCCCUACCGUCCUCCUCCCCCCAAUCCCUGCCCAGCGCCGCUCCACCUCCUAGGCCGCCACCCGCCCUUCUCCUCCUCCCAGGCCUCGUCUCCCCACCUCGCCGGCAGAUCUCCUCCAUGCAUCCGUCGAGGAGCUGAUGGCGAGAUCAAGGGAGGGCGGAUGGCGGCGGCGACCGGAGGCGCUGAGCGUGGCCAGAGACGGGCCGACGCGGGGCGGAUCCGCGACGACCGGAGGCGGCGGUGGCGGCGGCGACCGGAGCCGCUCGGCGCGGCCGAGACGGGCCGGCGCUAGGCCGAUCCGCGGCGGCGGCGGCCUUCCCCGUCCUCGGCCAUCGCCCUACCGCUCGUGCUCUCCUGCUCCCUUAUCUCCUCUCCCUCUUCCUCUAGUGAAGAUGUGGAGGCAGGAUCCGCUGCCGGCGAAGGAGACGAGGAGAACGUGAUGCGGCCGCCGGCGCUGGCGACAAGGAGCACGCGCUGCAGCUGCCGUCAAUGGCCUGGUCACACCAUCAACAGCAGGAUUAACCUCGCCCCAUCGAUCUCGCGCCGCUGCUGCACUCUCUCCGCCACCGUCGUCCUCGCAUCAUGGAGGCAGCACCUACACUUGAUCUCAGAAUUGGAUGGGACCAAAUUGUUCUCUCUGCUAACCAUCAUACAAUCCAUCGCGCUUCGCCAUUUUAUUCCAGAAAGUGAGGUUGAGGUGUUGUGCCUGCAAAGCAGCCAAGAAAGGUCCACUAUGUCUACUGCCACUGCAUGUUAAAUUUCAGGUUGACUGACUUGGAUGGUUUUGUUUUCUCCAUGUUAAUUUUUUUCCUCUUACUAGGUGCUAGCCUGCAAUUAUACAGGCUUUGCGUAUUUCCUCUAUAUUUACAGUUUGUCUACUUUCUUGACCUACAGUCUGUACAUGUUCAGUGCUUCAUCCAUGUUGAGGUAUCGGCUUGUACAUGGGUACAUAUUGUCAGGGCAGUGUAAGGUUGUUUAGCAAACAAAGCCAAUAAAAGAUCCUAUUCAUAAAUGAUGACCAUUAAUUAUGUCUAAUUCCUGUCAACCAGCAAAUGGUAUGCAUGUGAAAUAUGUUGCUUAAUCAAAUCUCCAGUUACUUAUAUGGACUGGCUUAUGUAACCAAGAAGUUCCUUACUAUCUU